GCAACAAAAUGUGAACAACUCAGCUCCCAAGCCUCACAAAAUGGCGGUUUGUUAGGUUCUUUCGUACCCAAGUGUAACGCUGACGGUAGCUUUAGCUCGGAACAGUGCUGGCCUUCUCCCGGGUUCUGUUGGUGCGUGGAUAAAUUCGGAGAGGAAAUACCUGGAACUAAAGUCAGAGGGAAGGCAGACUGUAGCAAGACAAGUACGUUUGCAUGUUUUUUCUUUCUGCUUUGCGUGUUUGUUUUUUGCAAAACCAGUCCAGUUAGGUUUUAUUAAUUUAUAUCAAACGAUGACGUUUAUCGUUCAGUCUCUUGUGUAUUCUUCUAUUAUUAUAAUUGUUAGGGUUUGUUAAGUAGAAAAACUUUCAUUUCGGCGUUUGUUGACUGUAGAGAGUAUUCAUUACCGAACGAUUUAAAUAGCUUUGAAAAAGCUUACAGUGGUACAGAAAGUGUCUUUUCGUUUACAAUGGGCCCAUGGGUCCUGGUUGGUCCGUGGUAAGUAUUUCAUCAUUCACCGUUAAAAAAUAACGCUGCCUUAAGGUUGAGCUAACACUGGAUUAUAGAUUGAUAAAAAGAUGUCCUUGUCAAAUCUGAUUUAAAGCCACAGACAUAUAUCGAAAUAGAAACAUUCAAUGUUUGAAAAAAAUUAUGAUGCGAAGGCCAUUCACUUUUCUGCUUUGUUGAGAGUGACGUUAUUAUUAGUGAUUUGUCUUUUUUUCUUUAUAUUGCUAUUACAUGUAGUAGUCUGUUAUUACCUUCUCGUCCUUUUUAGUAUAGUUAUCGUAUUUAAUUUUUCGUACAAUUGAGAUAAAUAUCAAUAAAAAAGAAAAAGUCUUGUUUUGAAGAUAACAGAAAAUUUUAGCUUUUAUCUUCAAGAUCUCUGUGCAACUUUAGCUAUUUUUCUAAAUCAUUUACAAAUGUCAUGUUCAACCGUAAUUUGAAAUCAUUUCAGAAAUCUGUGAUUUCUUUUCUUUCUAAAAGAAGCGAUUUUUUUCAAAAAAAUGCACUAAUAAUAAACUGCGAUAAAAUAUUACUUAAAUUCAUUAUAAUAAAUUGUUUUUUUUUAAAUUAGGACUUUCAAGGAACGGACUUCUGUUCCAGCGAUUUCUCUAAAAUUUACUUGGCAUAUUUAUGUAUCACUAAAAGCCGAUACCUGAAUUUGUUAUUAUUACCGAAGGACACCUGAAGUCCUUUUCAAAGUUUCGCGGCCAUCGCGUCUGAAUGUUUAAAAAAAGGUAUGACGAAAAGUUCGUCAAAGCUCAAUGCGUCGGUUCUACCAAUGUGUAUUUUAUGCUAUGGCUAUUCCGAGUGAUUGCUUUAGCUGCGUGUCUGGGGUAAAAGUCAAUAAAUCCAAUUAAUUCCAAAACUGAAGGACUAUGGAUAGGGUCGCUAAAGGAUAAUACGAUAAAACCUUUUGGCAUCAAAUGGCCUGACGAAGCAAUAAGGCCUAAGGAGUCUUUUUCACAUCUCAUCAAAAUCUGCUGCUCGAAAACCAAUUCAAAGAGAAAAUAAUUAAUGAUAGAUUUAUUGUAAUCGAGGGGUCUUUCAAUUUAUGGUAAAUGCUAACGGUUUUCAAAUCACUCCCUUCUAAGUUUGUUUACACCUCCUACUCCAUGCCCUUUCUAAACUUUAUAAUAAAGGAAUUAAAUGAGUUUAUUUAAGACUCGCUUUUUAUGGAAUGGCAAAAAUAAGGUGACCAUAUUGUCUGCAAUUAACAGCCAUGAGGAAGGCAUCCUCGGAGACCCAGGGGCAGUUAGUCGGGUCGAUAAAAUGUUCGUGGUGAAAGUUUACUGUAGGAUCGAGACGAGCUCGUCUCGAUCUUACAGUAAACUUUCACCACGAACCUUUUAUCGACCCGACUAACUGCCCCUGGGUCUCCGAGGAUGUGAGGAAGGAGGCCUUACCAUGAUCGAUAUAGAGUCCACUAUUCGAGUUCUUAGUCGAUCUAAAACGUGCUUGGUAAAUAUAAAAAGAGUCCAAUUCACCUCGAAUAAAUGUGCAUGGAAACUAUAUCUCAAGCAUUGAUAUCUAAAAAUGUGGUUCUCCUGCUAUACAGUUGGAAUUAUAACGACAUUGAUGACCUUUCGAUUCAAUCACUGUUCUAUUGUGAAGAAGUAUUUUAGAAGGCAUUUGCAGCAGAUGAGGACAGGCUGGCGUCUCAUAAUCACACUGUUGACUUACCUCAGAGUAUCACGACAAAACUCCUUUCGUCUGCUCGUUUUUAUUUUUCAUUCUCGUAGUUGAUUUUAUUUCGCUCAUUGUUUUUUUCUACUUUCGUAUCUUUUUAAGCUGCAACAAAAUGUGAACAACUCAGCUCCCAAGCCUCACAAAAUGGCGGUUUGUUAGGUUCUUUCGUACCAAAGUGUAACACUGACGGUAGCUUUAGCUCGGAACAGUGCUGGUCUUCUACUGGGUUCUGUUGGUGCGUGGAUAAAUUCGGAGAGGAAAUACCUGGAACUAAAGUCAGAGGGAAAGCAGACUGUACCAACAAAGGUAAUGUCGUGUAAUUUUCAGCAAGAUAUGAACCGGGACGAUAUAUCCCUGGAUUAUGUGCGCUAACAGCUUAGCUGUCCCGAAGAACGUUCCUUUAGAAGAUAUGUUUGACCAGUUUGGCUUUACAACUGAGCCGGGAAGUAGGAUAAGAAACAAUAACUAACUAACACAGUUGAAUUCCCUUUUGUAUAUAUAGCAGAUUAAACUGUUCUACUGUUUUCAUCACACAAUGAGAACUGAACUAGAAAAAGCACAUACGGGUAGUGGUCUUCUUAUUUUGGCUUAAUAAGGAAGGUUGUGGAUAUUUCUCUCAAAAAAUGACCAACCGUAUAGAUAUCAUGGUCUGCUUGGUCAAAGUUACUAUGCCGACGGACUAAGCAGAAUUUCAAGUACGCCUACAAAAGAACUGGCCGCCAAAAAAGCUAGAAUUUCACUAGGAGACGAUGGGUUGGUUAUUUAAACGAAGUCUAACCGUAACUUAGGCCGUGGUUUACGAAUGUCUCUUUCUUAGUGAGUUAAUUUAAGAAGAAAUGUGCUUUUCCAGUCUACGCCAUGUGCUUUAUUGAAAUUGCUCACCACAGAUGGUGUUUAGACAAAAGCGUUGGGCAAUGAUAAUGGCUUAGAACGCGGUUUUGUUAAACACGGGCUAAACUCUGUUUAAAUAACUGGUCCGAUAUGUUUCUAUUUUGCGAGGUUGUUUAUGCGUUUGGAAAGCCUGUUUUGGUCUGCCAUCUUGUUUAGGGUACACAAGAGCCCGGAGAUCAAGAGAUAUUUUCUGAAAUACUAAAUAAAUUUGUUGUUUCCAUUGUAGGCCAAUGAAGCCUACCUGCAGCUGUUGAUCAAUAUUACGGAAAGGUUUCAAAAAAGCAGAACUAAAUUAUUGAGUCUAUGAAAUAAACUUGCAUGAUUGACUGAAGCUUCAUUUGUGUGGGUCGUCACUCUUUUUUGGUAGAAAAGACGAAAGGAUCAUUUAGAUUGUUUGUUUAAUUGUUGAUAUGCCUCGUAUCCAGUAUCCUCUCCUAACUGUUUGCAUGUGUUUGGGAAGAAUACUUCAUCCGUUUCGUUCUCUGGUAAGGGUAAUCACGGGUAGUGGAAAUGACAACAGUAGUUGUACGCCAUGUAUUAACGGUAAAGUCCGGUGUCGGACGUCAGUAUACAAUGGGGCCACUGGCUGCCUCUACUGAUGGGUCCCUUUUAUGAGCUUGGGGUCAGUGAUAUUUGUGGUAAGUGGUCAUAAGUGAGGUGACAAAAGAGGAAGAAGUAGACCAACCGACGAGACUUUCCCCACUGUACUGUUUUCGAAGUAGUUUGUGUGAUUUGAAGUAAUAUAUCAAACAUGAGAUGCAGUGUUUCAUCACCAGAUGAAACACCGAGAAGAGAGUUGAAAAUACGACGCGCAGCGGAGUAUUUUUGACGAACUUCGAGGUGUUUCAUCUGGUGAUGAAACACUGUGUCGAAUGUUUGAUAUUUCUUCUCAAACAAAAUCAUUUUUGAAGGAGAAAUUAAGGAUGCAAGAAUGAGCAGUUUUUCAUCUGAUAUCCAAACACUCAUUAAACAUUAAUUUCCUUUGAAUUUUCUUUAUGAAUUAUUAAUGAGUUUGAGAAGUCCCCUUCUUAGUUCACAGUUGCCUAGUCCCUAGGCCUCAUUAUUUCGUACGGCCAAAGCGUUUCGGGUCACGUGGUCCAAGCGAAAAUGUGAGGCGUUUCCCGCCCGUUCGCCUCAGAUACGUCACCGAAAUGAAUUGACCGAUAGGGACUGGGAAAACGCCGUACAAGGACUAGGAAAAGUUCAUAGCUGAUGAAAGAGAAAUGAAGGAGACAAGCUCCAUAAUCUGUACACAGAUAAUGAUCCUUAACACAGCCAGCAUGACUUUCCGUUUUUUUUAACCCUGACCGGGCUUUAAAUCUGGGCCUCCCGUAUUACGAAAUAUUUGGUUAACUGUUUACGUACCUUAUUGGUUAUUAAUUUCGCGGGGUUUUAUUUUCGCGAUUUCAGCAGGCAAUUAUGAAAAAAGGGUAGCCUGCGAAUACAGCCGUUUCUCCUUCAACUCCACGCCGCUGUUGCUGCAGGCAACUACUGACUGGCUGCCUUAUUCCGGCACAUACAAUCGUCAGACUAAACUUAAACUGGAAAAAGAUUAUAGUUCAAUCGUUAUUACAGUUUAUAAAUCUAAGGUGAAAAUUUCCAAUGAUAUCUAG